AUGGCGGUGUCGCGCCUAACCAGGCUGUUGUGUCUAGAAAGGCACCUAUCGCGUCUGCAAGAAAGCGUCACCCUGUUGCCUUGCUUUUAUUUCGUGGAGCUGCCCAUACUGGCCUCUUCUGUUGUCAGUCUCUAUUUCCUUGAACUCACGGAUGUCUUCAAGCCAGUUCAUGCUGGAUUCAGCUGCUAUGAUAGGAGUCUGAGUAUGCCAUACAUUGAACCUUCCCAAGAGGCUGUUCCUAUCCUGAUGUUGCUCAGUUUGGCUUUUGCUGCCCCUGCCAUUACGAUUAUGGUGGGCGAGAGCAUUCUCUACUGCUGCCUUUCCAAACGCCGAAAUGGAAUUGGAGCCGAGGCGAAUAUCAACGCAGGCGGCUGCAAUUUCAACUCUUUUCUUAGGAGAGCUGUCCGAUUUGUUGGUGUCCAUAUCUUUGGCCUUUGUGCUACCGCACUCAUCACUGAUAUUAUACAGCUGUCAACUGGAUAUCAAACACCCUAUUUCCUGACCGUAUGCAAGCCUAAUUAUACUUCCCUCAAUGUAUCAUGCUCAGAAAACUCUUACAUUGUGGAGGAUAUUUGCUCAGGAUCUGAUCCCAUUAUCAUCAAUGAUGGAAGAAAGUCAUUCCCUUCACAACACGCCACCCUGGCAGCAUUUGCAGCUGUGUAUGUUUCGAUGUACUUCAAUUCUACGCUAACCGACUCCUCUAAACUCCUGAAACCACUUCUAGUCUUUGCUUUUAUCAUCUGCGGAAUCAUAUGUGGCCUGACACGCAUCACCCAGUACAAAAACCACCCUGUUGAUGUUUAUUGUGGCUUUUUAAUAGGGGGUGGAAUUGCCCUCUACUUGGGUCUGUAUGCUGUGGGGAACUUUCUGCCAAGUGAAGACAACAUGUUCAAUCAGAACAUACACAGAGAGCCAUUGAGACCUUUGCCUGACCUAAGCCAAGAUCCCAACCGAAUUUUACCAGGGAAAAAUGGUAGUAGUAAUGAUGCCAUCACCACUCAUCAUGUGGAGAACAUGUUGAACAGGAACCAUAGAGACACCGGCUCCCUGACAAAUCUCAAGAGAGCAAAUGCUGAUGUUGAGAUUAUAAUGCCGCGAAGCCCGAUGGGAAAGGAAAACAUGGUCACCUUCAGCAACACCUUGCCAAGAGUCAACACGCCUGCAAUAGAGGAAUCAGCUCGACGGAAUGCGACCAUACAUGCAUCUAUGGAUUCUGCCCGCUCAAAACAACUCCUCUCUCAGUGGAAGAACAAGAAUGAAAGUCGGAAGCUGUCCUUGCAGGUAAUUGAGACUGAUUCUGGACAGUCGCCACCUAGGGCCAUUGAAAUGAGGUCAAGCUCUGAGCCAUCUAGAGUGGGUGUGAAUGGAGAUCACCAUGGUCCAAGCAGUCAGUAUCUGAAAAUUCAACCUGGUAGUAUGCCGGGCUGUAACAGUGCUGGCCUCUCUGGGGGACCCAGGGUUUCUAUUCAGUCACGUCCAGGAUCGUCCCAGCUUGUGCAUAUCCCUGAAGAGACCCAGGAAAAUGUGAACACAUCUCCAAAAACGAGUUCUGCUCGAGCCAAGUGGUUAAAAGCUGCUGAGAAGACAGUUGGAUGCAGAAGUAACAGCCAGCCAAGAAUCAUGCAGGUGAUAGCCAUGUCAAAGCAACAAGGCGUUCUUCAGGGCAGCCCAAAGAGCUCUGAGGGCAGUACAGUCACCUGUACAGGAGCGAUCCGCUACAAGACCUUGACAGAUCACGAGCCGAGCAGUAUUGUAAGAGUAGAGGCCCACCCUGAAAACAGCCGUCCCAUCAUUCAAAUGCCCUCAGAAGGAGAAGGCAGCGGCUCCUGGAAAUGGAAAGCCCCCGAGAAGGGAAGCCUCCGCCAAACAUACGAGCUCAAUGAUCUCAACAGAGACUCUGAGAGCUGCGAAUCUUUGAAAGACAGUUAUAGUUCUGGGGACCGGAAAAGAAGCAAUAUCGAAAGUAGCGAGCACCACCAUCAUGGGAUCACAACAAUAAGGGUGACCCCCGUCGAAGGCAGCGAGAUCGGUUCAGAGACCCUGUCCAUUUCCUCUAGCCGUGACUCGACCCUUCGAAGAAAAGGUAACAUCAUUUUAAUUCCGGAAAGAGGCAGCAGCCCAGAGAAUACCAGGAAUAUUUUCUACAAAGGAACCUCUCCAACAAGAGCUUACAAAGAAUGAGGGCUGGUGCUUCAGCCAAAACACGCCACUACAAUCAAUACUGUUUGGGUGCAAGCUUUGUACUCUCUUUAUUUUUAGAGCUGAUGCCGAAAUAUUCUUGAUGUGCCAACUAUUGACCAUCAGCCUGACUGUUUAUGGAUGUUGCUGAUGUGUAGUGAUUGUGCAUGAAUUUGUGAAUUUCAUGUCGCGGGGGGAAAAAGCACAAUGCAAGAACCUAAUGAAGGGGAGCAAGCUUUUGUUUUCAGAUUCAAAUCUCUUUCCAGUGGGAACUAGGUCAGCAAAAAGAGCAGUCUUAACUCUAGACAGCUUAUUUCCUGAAUGUGCCAACUUUUCAACUUAUCUCUGUUUCAUGAUAAAAGGGAAGCAAUUUUUUUAAAUAAGCAAAAGCUGUACCAGAGUUGUACUUCAUCUUUGCGGGUUUUGCACCAAAAUUUAAUACCAAAUGGUGCUGAUUCUAACUUUACAUUUUUAGAAAACUUCUAUUCCUGUGCAGCUCUCUAAACACAAAACAUUUUGAUGUGCAACUUCUUUCCAAGUAUUUCAGCUGAAAACACCAUGCUAACUGCAUUCAUUUAGAAUAGAAAAGUAUCAACAGCUUUGCUAUAGUGCAAUUUUCAUCUCAAAUGAUUGCAAAAGUUUUGUGUAGCUCUUUGAAAGGUUUUCUGGAUCCAAAAAGAAAAAAUAGGUGAUAUUCCAUGAAAGUUGAAUAAUUUUCUAAAUUGGUUUAGUUUUUUUGCUUUUCUCCAAACUUUGUUUAAUUACAGGUGCUAUAGAGGUAGAGGCUGCUUUUUAAUGCAAUAGGUUGGGAUUAGUUUAAAUAUUGUGCAUUUUUUUUCAAGUUGGGGAUCUCUUACAGCACUAAUUCAAAUUCUUCAUUUUGAUCCGGUUCUUAGUUUGCCUCGUUGCUUACAUUUUUCUUUUUUUAAUUCAUUGUUGAUUAGCUAGCAUUUCACCCUGAUCACUGCCACUGUGUUGUAACAGUGCAAAUAAAUCUUGCAAGUUAGAUUGUCUAAUCAAUUAGCAGGAGUGGCCUUAAACAUAGGAAUGUCAUAGACAAGACAAAGGACUCCUGUUAUUCUUUUUCCAAAAACUGGGUUGUGCUUCUGCUUCCAGAAGUGACCUGAAUUUAAUGAAGGCUAGAAGAUGCAAGGCAAUCAUAAUAGGCUUAUCUUAAUCUCCCAUGGGCUGGUAAAAUAGUCAAUGAAAAUGAGAACUGAAAUUAAGUUGCUGAAUUCUCUCCCAGAUGACGGUUUGCUAUCUUAAAUACUUAAAGCGAGAUUACAUUAGGUAGCCUAUCCCCUUUUCUUCUGCAUCAGUAUUGAUCUUCUGCCUCCCUCUGAGUUCCUAAUAUACUAAAUAGGAUUUGUAAGUUCUGAUGACAAUGAAAGCAAUGGUUGAGGUAUCUUGUAGCUGGCUACUUGGUGGCCUCUGACAACCUGAUAUAUUGGAUAACUCUCAUAUCCAAUGGAUGGGCUGGUCUUGUCAUUUGGGGACAACCACAGAUGUAACCUAUAUUCAGACUCACACAGAGACAUUGUCUCAUCCAUCUGGAAUAUAAAAUGACCAUUCAACUCCUUAUAGCAUUUCAUCUGAUCAGUCUUUAUUUAAAAAAAAAUACCAUGCCCUGUAACAAUCAUCAAACAAAUAUAGAAGUGCUGCAUUGUAGUACCACCACUCGUAUUCAGUUAGCAUAAUUUUCAGUUAGGAAUGUAAUUUUUUUUUUCCUUACCAUGAACACAUCUUGAGGAAGUGGGAUGUUGCUGGAGUCCCAGCCACCCGGGGAA